AGAUGAGGCAGUACAAUUAUUACGACGUGCACCACAACUUUAUCCAGAUGAUCCUGAAUUUAAUAAAACUCAAGUAUAUGUUCGCAACAAUAUUGCUAAUAUUGGAAAUCUCACUGAAGGAAUGAUGGCACCUGAUUGCUCAUUAGUUCCAUUAAAAUCUUUUACAUUUAAUGAUGAUACCAAAUCACCAACAAUAAUUUCAUUACGUUCACUUUGUCAACCGGGACGACCAAUUGUUCUUCUUGGUGGAUCAUAUACUUGUCCUUUAUUCCGAUAUAUAUCACAUGUACUCAAUGAUAUAUAUAAUCGAUAUAACACACAAAUAGAUUUUUACAUGAUCCAGAUUCGAGAAGCACAUGCAUCUGAUGUUUGGCCUAUUGGUAACGUUGUAUCUGUUAAGGAACAUCGCACAUUGACUGAUCGGUUAUCCGCUGCACACGAAAUGGUCAAAGAAACCAAAUUAGAAAUACCAGUAUUGUCAGAUACAAUGGAUGAUACUUUUUUGAAAUUGUACGCACCGUGGCCAUUCAGAUUUUUUGUCAUUGUAGAUGGAAUUUUGAAACUUGUUGGGAUGCCAAAAGAGGCACGUUAUGAUACGACAGAUCUAGUUGAAUGCUUGGAUAAUCUCAUUAAAUGAUAGAAAAGAUUAAAGAUAAUAAAAUGAUUUAUUAGUUAUUAUGUGUAUAUUAUUAUUGCUAUCAAUUAAAGUUUAUGGUUUAGUAAUUUAUGAUAAUUACAAGAUUUGUUAUAGUUAGUAUGAUAAUAUUUUAAAUAAAGUUUUUUUUUAUGCCAUUCGUAACAUUAUGUCUAUAU